AUGGGGGGUGGGCUCGUCGCAGGGGCGGGGCAGAGCCCGGCGUUGAUGCGCAACGGGAGCAUGUCCUCCAGCGCCGGGGGGGGGAUGGGUAUGGGAAGCGUUGGCAUCGGCGGCAGCAUGACGGCUACCGCUAGCGGUAGCGGCGGCGGUGCUGCCGCUGCCGGCGGUGGGAGCGGUGGCGGUGGCGGUGGCGGUGGCGGUGGGGGGCGCGAUGGUGGGAGCUCCGGGCGUGGGGGACAGCAGCGAAGGAGGAACGCUGAGUUUACUCCGGAAGAUCGUAAGGCCGCCCUCCGGCAGCAGCAGCAGCGGCUGUUGCUGCUGCGACACGCGAGCAAGUGCCCUGCGGAGGGGGAGCAAUGCAAGGUUACGCCGCACUGCCAGGCGAUGAAGCGUUUGUGGAAGCACAUCGCCGAGUGCAAGAACCAGCAGUGCCCGGACCUCAAGUGUGCCGUGUGCGCUCCCGUGCGCGAGGUCAUUGCCAAGUCACACCAGCGCCAGAUGGUGACUCAGGAGGCGAGGAACCGAGUAGCCGGGUCGGGGCAGCCCGGUGCGGGGGGGGUCUCCGGACAGCAGCUUGUUCCCGGCAGUAGUGGUCACAUGGUGGGGCCCAAUGGGGUGGCGGGUGGGUCGGGCGGAGGCAACUUCUCGAACCCACGCGAUUUGACGCUGGCGCAGAGGCAGCAGCAGCAGCAGCAGCUGGAGACGCAGCGGGGUUUGAUCACCUCCCAGCAGGCGGCCCAGGCGCGCCAGCAGCAGCAAAAUCAACUCAUGUCCGGACAGCAGGCGCCCGGGUUGCAUCAGUCGGGAUCGAUUGACCAGUUUAAUAAUGCGCACGGAGGAGGCGACACCGGUAGGGGUGGGGCACGCAGCAGCUCUAAGUCGUCCGCGUCUAACGGGAAGCGAUCGUCGAGUCUGAUCGGCGCGCCGGGCACCAUCGGCACCGCGUCGGCAAGCGGCGGCGGUGGUGGCGCGGGGAGCAGCAGCAACGGCAUGAUGGUGGACCCGAAUGCCGUCGUUCCGGCGAAUAACUCGAGGGCGGCGCGGUCGGUCGCGCAUCAGCAGGGCGCGUACCCCGCGGGGUCUGCGGGGCAGCCGGUUCGGACUGUUCAGCAGGCUCGAGCCACGCCCGGCAAGAUGCUCUCCCCCGAGGACUGCACUUCUCUCAUCGAAGCGUUUACGGAGGAUCAGAUCCUGAACCACGUCAAGUCCCUCGACACGGGCAUGCAUGUUAGCCAGGAGCGUAUCCAGGCGGCAGCGGGGGCUGUCCUGACGAAGCUGAGGGACUCUCAGUUCGGUUGGGUUUUCAACGACCCGGUGGACCCGGUCCACCUCAACCUGCCGGACUACUUCGAGAUCAUCACGCACCCGAUGGACCUCGGGACUGUGGCGCGCAAACUGGCGAAGGAGGGCGCGGGCGGGUACCUGGAGCACGAGGAGUUCGCCGCAGACGUGCAGCUGGUGUUCGACAACGCCAUGAAGUACAACGGGCCGGAGAGCGAGGUGUACCCUGUGGCGGAGCGCAUGAAGAAGGAAUUCAACAAGGAUUGGGCGCUGGCGUUGAAGCGUAUGGAGGCGGAAGAGAACGGCCGCAAGGAGAGGGGCGAGACCUGCAACCUGUGCGGCUACUCCGCCAAGACGUUCGAGCCCAUGACGUACUACUGCAACGGGGCUCAGUGCAACGGGAAGCGCAUCGGGAGGGGGCGGUACUUCUACCACGCCACGGGCUCCAACCAGUGGCACUGGUGUUCCAGUUGCUACAACGACCUUAAGGACGGGGAGAUCAUCGCGCUAGCCGAGACGGCGGUGCGAAAGGCGGACCUGAAGAGGAAGAAGAACGACGAGCAGGCGGAGGUUGGGGAUGUGGACAACGCAAGCAAGCUCUCUUGGAGUUUCACGGGGGUUUGCACCUGCGAGCGUUCACGGCGGGGUACGAGGGCCGGCAACAUCGCUCCGACGGCUCACAAGUUGGGCGGCAAGGACCUCCCGCACGGGCCCCUGAGCGCGUACGUGGAGGCGCAGGUGAAGAAGCGGCUCGAUGCGGCCUACGAGGCAGAGGCGAAGGAGAGAGGGGUCCCCGUGGACCAGGUGACGAAGGCGAAUACCCUGUACAUCCGCGAGGUGUCGGUGAUGGACACGGUCCACCUCGUCAAGCCGGGUUUCCACCGGCGUUACGGCCCUGCGGGGGAGUACCCGGCAGACUUCCCGGUCCGAAGCAAGUGCAUCGUGCUGUUCCAGGAGCUGGACGGCGUGGACGUGCUCCUGUUCGGGAUGUACGUGUACGAGUACGGCCACACGUGCCCAGCGCCGAACCAGCGAAGGGUGUACAUCAGCUACCUGGACUCGGUUCACUACUUCCGCCCGAGGAACUAUCGAACCAUGGUGUAUCACGAGAUCCUGAUCGCCUACCUGGAGGAGGUGAAGACAAGAGGCUUCCACACGGCGCACAUCUGGGCGUGCCCCCCUGCCAAGGGGGACGACUACAUCCUCUACUGCCACCCCCCGGAGCAGCAGACUCCCAAGGAUGACCGCCUGCAGCAAUGGUACGUCACGAUGCUUGAGGAGGCGAAAAAGAGGGGCAUCGUGGAGGGAUUGACCAACCUCUUCGACGAGUACUGGUCAAACCCAGAAACCGCGGACGCACGCCAGCUGCCAUACCUCGAGGGGGACUAUUGGAUAGGGGAGGCGGAGAACAUCAUCAAGGACCUCCCGGAGGGCACCCCCCUGAUUUGCAAGCCGAAGGUGGAGGCAAAGGCCGAUGGCUCCGCCGCAGCAGCGCCGCCGGACUCGGCCGGCGGCACCGCGGCCGCAGACGGGGCGGGGGCGGCAGCAGGGAGUGGCGCAGCUCCAGCAACGGCAGGGGCUGCCGGUGACGGCGAGGCUUUGGUGAAGGUCGAGGACAGCGCUGCUAAGGCGGAGGGUGGUGGUGGUGGGGAUGGCGGAGGGCGAGGGGGGGAGGGUAACGGGGCAGAGGCGAAGAAGGUGGAGGGGGGGGAAGGGAAGGAGGAGGAGGAGAAGGAGGAGAAGUCGCCCGGGAAGAAGGGCAAGCGAAAGGCGGGAGACGGUGUGAAGAAGAAGGCGAAGAAGGCGAGAACAUCCAAGUCCGGUGGCGGAAGCAAGAAGCGAGGGGUUAAGCCGGAGGAAGCUCCCAUCGUCGGUGACCCCCUGAUGCACAAGCUGGCGGCGAUAGUGUCGCCGAUGAAGUCCUCGUUCAUCGUGGCCCACCUCAGACCGAGAGAGUUCGUUACCCAGAUGCAGGAGCGGCGUGCAAAGGAGAAGGCGAUCGAAGCAGCCAAGAAGACGGUGUCGACGGCGGUGAGCGAGAAGAGGAAACCGGACCCCGAGAUGGCGAAGCUGGCGGAGCAGGCCAUCGCCAAAGACGAGACGGAGGAGGGGCAGUCUAGCCAGGAGUGCGAGGUGCUGGACACGAGACAGACCUUCCUCAACCUGUGCCAGGGGAACCACUACCAGUUCGACAUGCUCAGACGAGGGAAGCACUCUUCGAUGAUGGUGCUGUACCACCUGUGCAACCCGGACGUGCCCAAGUUCCUGUCGACGUGCUCGAACUGCUACAAGGAGAUCCACUCAGGGGACCGGUAUCACUGUGAGGUCUGCACGGACUUCGACCUCUGCAAGGAGUGCUACAAGGCGGUGCCGCACCCCCACCCCCUCAAGCCCAUCCCGGUGCGCCCGGCGGCGCAGCAGCAGAAGCACCUCAGCCCCGCGCAGCGAGAGGAGCGGCAGAGGCACAUCAAGCUGCACAUGCAGCUGCUCCAGCACGCUUCGACGUGCGAGGAUCGAAACUGCCAGUCCAAGAACUGCUCACGGAUGAAGAACCUCUUGACGCACGGGGCGAGCUGCACCAUCCGGGCCCAGGGCGGCUGCGGCGUGUGCAAGCGCAUUUGGGCUCUUCUGCAGAUUCACGCGAGGCAGUGCAAGAAGGAUCGAUGCUCCGUGCCGAAGUGUCGGCAGCUGCGGCAGCACAUGCGCUUCCUGCGAGAGCAGCAGCAGGCCAUGGACGACCGGCGAAGGCAGGCGAUGAACGAGUGGUCUCGGAACAGACAGGAGGGAAGCGGCAGCUAGCCUUAGCCCCUCGAUGCGAUCGAUCAAUCGACACCCACCCCUCAGUUCUACACAUCCGCCGUUCCUUUCCAGUGGGUCAGCUAGCUAGCCGGCUUGCCUUGAACUCGCCCGAGCUUGGACUGGCCCGAUUUUGACGUGGCGCUGUUUAGAUAGGGUGGUACAUAGGGAUUUAUUGUCUGUGGCAUGUCUACCUGAUGACAGGAGGAAGUCAAUAUGGAGACAGGGGGAAAGGAGGGGGGGACCAGAAACAGUCGGUUCUGGUUUUGCCUCCCUCCCUCCCUGCACACUCCACACUCCUCGGGCUCUAGCUUGGUGUGUGUGUUUGAGUGUGUGUGUGUUGUUUUUUGCC